UUCCUUACUUGUUACAUUCUUUCAGAACCGUAUUGCCUGCACGAAGGGAAGGGUCCGUCUAUGCAGCAGAGAAGCACCAAUAAUGUUGAAACAAUUUAGAUGGUUCCACCCAAACAUAUGGGGUAUCGAUGCGGAGAGCCUGCUCAUGGAGCGAGGCUUCGAUGGAAGCUUCCUCGCUCGCCCCAGCAUGAGCAACCAAGGAGAUUUCACUCUAUCGGUCAGGCGCAAUGGGGAAGUGACCCACAUAAAAAUCCAGAGUACUGGGGACUAUUACGAUCUGUAUGGAGGAGAGAAGUUUGCUACCCUGGCAGAACUGGUACAGCAUUAUAUGGAAAACCAGAGCCAACUGAAAGAGAAGAAUGGUGAAGUGAUUGAGUUGAAAUAUCCCCUAAAUUCUGCUGACCCCACAACCGAAAGAUGGUUCCAUGGACACAUAACGGGUAAAGAAGCUGAGAAAUAUUUAAUGAUGAAGGGCAAGAACGGGAGCUAUUUGGUUCGUGAGAGUCAGAGUAAACCAGGAGAUUAUGUCUUGUCAGUGCGUUGUGAUUCAUGGGUCACUCAUGUGAUGAUCAGAUUUCUGGAUGGAAAAUAUGAUGUUGGCGGAGGAAACCAGUUUGAUAGUCUGUCGGAUUUGGUGGAACAUUACAAGAAAAACCCAAUGGUAGAGAAAACAGGUGUGGUUUUACAUUUAAAGCAACCAUUUAAUGCAACACGGACCACGGCAUCAGCCAUCGAGAGUCGAGUGAAACAGUUAACAAAGGAUAACAACACAAACACAGGCAAAAGUGGGUUCUGGGAAGAAUUUGAGCAAUUACAGCAGCAGGAAUGUCGGCAUUUAUACAGCCGAGAUAUUGGUGCCCUGCCAGAAAAUAAGCCAAAGAACCGAUACAAGAAUAUAUUGCCAUUUGAUGAGACACGAUUCAUUCUCCGGGAUGGUGACCCCAAUGAACCCGGAUCUGAUUAUAUCAACGCUAACAUAAUUACGAUGACAGACGAAGAGGGUGUGGAACCAAAGAAAAAAUACAUGGCGACCCAGGGACCUUUGCCGACAACAGUUGCAGAUUUUUGGCGCAUGGUUUGGCAAGAUAAAUCUAGGGUCAUCGUCAUGACAACAAAGGAGGUGGAAAGAGGAAAGCAAAAGUCAAUGCGUUAUUGGCCAAAGGAACUUGAAACGAAAGAAUUAGUAGUACCAAGUGGUAAGAUGUUCAUAAAGGGUGUUCGAGAAACGUCUCAACCUGAGUUUGAAGUCAGAGAGUUUGAAGUGUCACGGAAAACAAACUCCAAGAUAGAAGGUCCCAGAAGGAUCUAUCAUUACCAUUUCAUGAUUUGGCCAGACUAUGGCGUUCCUUCCGAUCCAGGAACGGUUUUAUAUUUCCUCCAAAUGGUCAACGAGCAACAAGAAUCAAUACCUGAUGCUGGGCCAUUCGUUGUACACUGCAGUGCUGGAAUUGGUCGAACUGGAACAUUCAUCGUCAUUGAUAUGAUUAUCGAUAAGAUUAAACGACACGGCCUGGAUUGCGAGAUUGACAUUCAGAAAACCAUCCAAAUGGUGCGUUCGCAGCGAUCUGGUCUUGUGCAGACUGAGGCCCAGUACAAAUUCAUUUACCUUGCCGUACAACAAUAUAUCGACACUAGCCAACGGUUGCAGGCGGAACAGAUGAGUCAGGUGGAUGGCCGUGAAUACACGAACAUUCGCUAUGCCGGCACCACGGAUCUUCAAAGAGCCAUGUCUAAGACUAAUGUGAAUAUUCCACCGCAGCAAACCAGAAACCCCUCACAACAGAUGACAUCACCAGUCCAAGCUUCACUAUCAUCCCACCCCAGGAAGAGUUUAUCUCAAGCUCCACCACGACCAGUAAAAUUCCGAGAAGUACCACAUGAACCUGAUGAUUCUCGUCAAAUUUACCAGAAUGUCAAUGUUUCGCCCAUGAAACGAUGAUGUUAGUUAAACCCAUGUAAUUAAUCAUUUAUCAAAAGAAAUAUGGAAAAAAAAAAA